AUGAAACAAUUAUUGAAACCUUCGAUAAAUUUUGAUUUCAACGACGCCAUAUUUGAAAAUAUUCCUCCACAAGCUUAGAAACCAAGUGCAUAAUAAAAGAAUACUUAUCUCAAUCAAUAGUAGGGAAAAGAUGAUGAUAAGAAAAAUUAGAAAAACAUUGUGAGACCAUGGAGUUCUUAGAGAUAAAUGACAGAUUAAGGUUAAAGGGAAUAGAAUUAGUAGCUGAUUGGGUUGAAUUCCAAACAAUAUACACAGAAACAACUCCUUCCAUAAAAUACAUCUGCUAAAUCUGUGAAAUUUGAUAAAAAUCAAGGAUUUGCAACAGCAGCUCCUAGCAUUCAAUCGAAUUGCUACUUUCCUUAAUAACAGCAAACCAUUCUUAAAAAAUCUGGAAACCAUUCACAAUAAUAAAUUACAAAAUAACAAAUGGAUAUUCAGAAUAACAAUAAUAUAUAGCAAUAAAACCAAGAAUUAAUUAAAAAUGCCGGUAUUUUUGAUUGGGAUGAAGCUGAUUUAGAUAAUUAAUUCUUUAUUAAUAAUAAAAAAUAUGAAUCUAUUGAAAAAUAGAAUUUAGAAAGGUUCCUAUCUAGGUAAUAAAAGUCUGAUGUAAUUCAAACUUCAAUCAAAUAAAACCAAACUAUAUUAAGACAAUAGCAGAAAGAGAUCUAAUAAAAACUUGAUAAUAUUGAAUAAUUAAGGAUGAAUGAAAUUCUAUAAAAUAAUUUAGUUAUAUCAUAGUCCUUUUUAAAUAAAAUUGAAUAAUAGGAUGAUCCCAAAAAAGAAGUGUAAAUUUAAUAGAAACCUAUUAAAAAUAAUGAAAAAGAUAUGAAUUAUGAUGAAGAAUAUGAACAAGAAAAUUUUGAAAUGGAUGAAGACAAUAAGGCAGAGGAUAAAUAAAAUGAUAUUCCGAAGGUAUAGAAAUAACUAUAAGAGAACUAAUAGAAAAAAUCUGAAAUUAAAUUAGAUAGAGUUUAAGAAAAUAGUAAAAAAGUUAAGUCAAAUGAAAGCUUAUUAAAGGCAUCCAAAACUAAAAAAUAAGUAGUUUAUAAAGCUAAAAAUGCAAAGGAACGAAAAUAAGAAUUAAUAAAUAUGAGAACUGAUUUAGAGAAGUAUUUGCUGUAGAAUAACCAGCCAAUUACUAAAAUGUUUCAAGAUUUAUAAGAUACUAAGGAGAAGGAGAAAAUUAUGAUUGAGGUAAAUACUAAAAGAUAAGAAGAAUUGUCUUAAGCAAAACUCACAUUAAAGUAACUGUAAGAAAAAUUUAGUAGAUAAUAAUAGAUAAUAGAGGUAAUCAUAAAAUCAAUAAAUUUAAGGAUUUAAAUAAUAAAGAAUAGCAUGCUAACUAGAUAAUUCAAAAAUUGACUGAGAACAAACAAAAGUAUAGCAAAUAGUGGGAACUUUAAGUGGAGAAAUACAUGGCUUGUAAAGUUAUUGCUAGAUUUUUGAAAGGAAGAAAAGAUAGAAAACUGUUUAAAGAAUUUAGAAGACAAAGCUUUAUUAAUAGAUUAAAAUAAUGA